AUGACAAUGCAUCCAUUAUAAUCUAAUUUUCUCACUUUUCAAGAUUUCGUAAGCACAAAGAACAAAUUAAAAGUAUAUUUAAGUGCUUUAUGCAUAGUUAGAUAAAAGAAAUUGCAUCCAAUCUAUUCAUUAAAGUCUACCAAUAAUUAAGGACAGAAUAAACUAUUAUCCUUUACUAAGAAUAGUUAGAUUGAAUAAUGAAGAGAUCUUAAAAUUGAAGAGUAAAUAAAGUCACAUUAGAUUUGAUAGAAAUGCGUGGAGAAUUUAAAAAUAAAUGUAUUUUAUAUAUUUUAUAUUUAUCAAAAAUUCAAAAUAAUCCUUCUAGUUUUGA